AUGCAAGCAAAUGGGCCCACCAAUGCUGGAUACUACGUAAAAUUACCGCAGUCCGAGCAACAAGUUCGUUAUGUAGCCGACCACAGCGGGUACCACGGUUCUCUCGCGGUUCCAACAAAUCGUCAUCGCUCCGCUCCGUCAAACUAUGCUUUGGGACAGCAAGCAUUUGAACUGGAUAACGAGACUCAUCAAAGUAAUGUUAACAAAAUCCCGUAUGAGAGCCAAGAAACGAGUGCUACAUCGGAUGUUAGAGCUAUUCAGAACCCACUUGAAUUUUACAUCCUCCAAACACAGUAUCCCAUGGCUCAACACCAAACUUCGAUCUUCCAAUUAGUACCCGACGAAUUACAAAACAUUGUUCAAUAUAGCCCAAUGCCGAACAUUUACUUCGGUGAACCGAAAGGAGAAUAUUAUAAUUAUCAGGUACAUCACGUUAAUACAAUACCAAGCGCAGAACAAAACAAUAAUUUUGUGAAUAAAAAUAAUCUAGCAGACAGUGGUGAAACCUUACACGAUAAAACAACAGAAACACGUCCAAUAGAAGUUAUACAAGUAUUUAAAAAUCAUAGCUGUUCCAAGAAGGAAGAAGAACAAGUAGAGAUAGACAAUAAUAAAGACUCUCUUGAUAUCAGUGAUUUUCCAAAUAUUGAACCCACAGUUAAUGGUAAUUUUGGUGCUAAAGAACCUAAAUUAUACAAAGGUACCGUAAAUUUUCGCGUUGAAUCACCCAGAUCAAACGCAAGGAAUGAAAGAUUAUUCUAUUCUAGUGUAUCGGGGUCCACGACCCCUCAAACAGUGAUGUUCAAUGAGGAAGAAGGUAUAUCUCGUCUCGUAGCUUCCACUCAAGAUCUAAUAUCCAAUGAGGACUUAUUGAAAAUUAAUCACGCUGAAGAAGUGCCCGUUUAUAACCAAAAUGAUGAUCUGAUCAAGCCUCGAGCGAAAUACAGCGUAAGAUCACAACAAUUUCACGAGUCUUCAAAAAUUGUACCACAAAGUCAUGUAUCAUUUUCCACUAAAUACGGAAACCUCGUGAACACUAAAACAAAACAUACCGAAAACCAUAGACAACAUAAGAAAAAACCAGAUGAAUAUUCUUUUAAGAGGCCAAUAAUUGUCGCAGAUUCGGAAAAAGAAAAUUACAAGCAAAAGGCGGUUAAUAAUUUAAUAUCCACGAUGGUUCCAUACAUUCAAGACGGUUAUGAGCUUGUUGGAUUGAAAAAUAGCUUAGAUGAAACUGAACAACAUUCAGAUGAAGACUUAGUUAACAUCACACCGCGGCCGGUUGGUCAAAAUUUCCUUACACCAAUAACAGUUGCUUUAAGGCUCCUUGAUGCUAAUGAUACGGAUUUUGAAGACCAUGAAAUAUCUGAAAGUGAAAAUAUACCUGAAAAGGCGAUGCCGGAUAACGAGAGAACUAUCAUAGAAAUUCAACAAUCGAUACCUAUAGAGAUAACUCAUAUAAAUGAUGUAGAAUAUCAUCGCGAGUAUAUGGAAGAUGGCAGAAGUAACAAUCGACCGUUUAACUAUGGGAAAGCUUUAUAUAAUCAAUAUGAUUCAAAAUUAUACGGCAGACAUACUCAUAACGACGAUGUUGAAUAUAAUCAAGGACAAAGGAAUGUAAAUUCUCGUGACAACGAACAAUCAGGUAAUACAUAUAACGAAGUACACGUUCACCCAAACGAAGACGAAAACAGUAAACAUGUACAUGAAACUCAGGACCACAAGCACAUUGUGCAGCCAAUAAUUAUAGAAAAAGAGGUCCCAGUUACUAAAUUCGUUGACAGAUUUAUCGAAAAGCAAGUACCGUAUCCUGAACCCGUAGAAAUAGUUAAGCAAGUACCGGUCGAUAGGCCUGUGCCUGUUCCUGUGAGAUACGAAACUAUUGUAGAGAAGCCAGUAGAAGUUACUAGAUACGUUGAUAAACCAUACCCAGUAGAAGUAAGAGUCCCCUACCCAGUCGAGCAUAAAAUUUACGUUGACAGACCAGUUCACGUGCCGUACGCUGUUGAAAAAAUUGUAGAAAAGAAUAUUUUACACCCUGUAGCUGUUCCAACCCCUGUAGCCGUUCCCGUUCCAGUGGAACAAAAAGUAUUAUACCCUGUUCCGGUGGAAAAACCCGUACCCGUACCUGUACCAGUAGAUCGGCCCGUUGAUAGGAUUGUACACAAAGAAGUUCCAGUUCCAUACCCAGUUGAAAAGAAGGUGCCGUAUCUUGUACCGCAUGAAGUCCGAGUACCCGUACCGUAUCCAGUAGAAAGGAGAAUACCAGUUCCUGUAGAGAAAAUUGUUGAAAAGCCAGUAACUAAAAUCGUGGAGAGGCACAUAAAGGUACCACAUCCGGUACCGUACGAGGUUCACGUCCCGAAACCUUACCCUGUCGACAGAAUAGUCGAGAAGAAAGUGCCUUAUCCAGUCCACAUAGACCGGAUAAUUGAAAAAAAGGUACCCGUGCAAGUGCCAUACCCUGUAAAAACUGUGGUCGAAAAGAUCGUCGAGAAGCCAGUAAUUGUGACGAAGUACGUCGAUAAGCCUUAUCCAGUGGAGAGAAUCGUGGAAAAGAAGGUACCGUACCCAGUAGAAGUGAAGUCACAUUAUUCUAACAAACCAGAUAUCCCAUAUCAAUUCGAGAAGAUAGACCCAGCUAUUUACUACGGAUAUGGAAACGGUGGCUACCAACAUGGUGGCAACUUUAUCAAUUACAUUCCAAGGGUGUCAACGCUGCAGCAGAACCAACAGCUUCAGAACUAUAUGCAGCAUCAAGCGGAAUCACAAAGAAUUUAUCAAAUACAAAAAGCCACCGACGAGUACUUGAAGGGUCUUUACAAGCAAAAUGUACCAGUACAUUCGUCGCUGUGGGGCACCCAAUAUGCAUCUUCAUAUUCUUAUCUGAACGCAACUGAUAAGAACUAUGUGCCAUCGAAUUAUAUUACGAACGACCAAAAAUAUUACGGGCCACCUCCAACGAAGGCAUACAAUUUUACAUGGGAGAAACACCAGGAUUACGAUAGACGUAGAACGGACAGGGUGCCCAAGAACUUGAGGAUAGAAUAUGGGGGAUUCAAACCCCCCUUAAUUCCUAGUACGGAGGUUGAUUUAGACGGAAAUCCAAUUAAAAAGCAGUAA